AUGCGCGUGGGCGCCAAUGGUAAACGUCGCAUAAACAUUCUCAAGACGUUUCUUGUCACAAGAGCCAUAGAUACAUUGGAGAAGGAUUCGGAGGAGAGACAAGAAGUCAUUUCACGGUUACUUUAUUACUUUGAUCGUGACAAAAUAUGUCAGCCAUAUUUGUUCCCAAAAACUUUCGUUGACCUUCAACAACAACACUGGGACCCAAUUGUGGAGUGGGCUAAAGAACGUUACGACGUAAAAAUAGAAUUGAGCGAGACAGAUUUUCGUUAUUUGCAAUUGACGGAAGCGAAGGAUAAAUUUCGAGCAAUAGUGAAUGCAUUUGAUGGCCUUAAGCUGUCUGCAUUUGAACGGGCAACAAUCCUAUCAAAUUCAUUCCUGAUUGCGCUCGGUCUAGUGGAAAAGCGUCUGGGAGUCGAAGAGGCUGUCUCGGCUGCCUCGACUGAAACCAAUGCUUGGAUCAUGACUUGGGGAAACGUUGAAUUGGCGCUCGAUUCAGAUCAAGACCAGUUGCGGCAACAAUUGCAGUCCGUUGCGUAUUUGUUGGUCGAUGGAUAG